AUGCUUACUGCCUCCGUCGAAAAGAUUGAUAAGGAAACUGUCGCCUACAAGACUGCAUCCGCGCUUUGGCAAGAUGGGUAUCCUUUCAUACUGCCUGAGUUGCUGAACUUUUUGAGUCACGCACACGCAUCGGCUUCCCCUGACAGUUGGACUGGACUACCACCAGAGAUGAAAUCCAUCGUUGGACGCGUGCUGACAGAUAGAUUCUGGCAAGCGGGCAUCUCGGAAGGUUCCAAGGACGAGUUCUACGCUCGCGUGCUGGACAAGAAGCACACUAUGGAAGGUCUUGGCUCUACCAUACGAGGCUCUAUCCGCUUUGUCCGGGAAUCAGUCUACGCAAUUCUAUACUGCAUGAGCCGGCUGGAUAUGGAGUUCUAUGGCUUUAAAGAAUUGCCAGGACCUCUUGCCAACGCACUAAUGGCAAACUCGUACUCCCUAUCGCCGCAUCAACAGAUCAAUUUGCUCAAUCUGGUUCGUUAUCUCGUCGAUAGCUGCCCGACCAACCUUCGCGACCAUUUUCUCCCGCCACUAAUGGCAGCAUCCUUCCAGCAGAUGGAUGCCAAGAUUACAUCUGAAUGGGAGAAGCUAGAAACGCAAAAGGGUGUCCAAGCGGGCGAGGCUGCUCUAGCCGAGGAGAUGAAGUCCGAGAGUAUUUUGAGGCAGCUUACAUACACGGCAGUGAUGAUGGUGGCAGAUUUCCUAGACCCGGCCAGGAUGACAGAUCUGCCUGUCACAAAUCCAGAGGAUAGUGCGAGACGGUAUCCGACGCUGCGCAAAUUCUGCCUCAUGAGCUCCGAGAUUGUGGAGCCGCUGCUCGUGUUCUGCACACAUGUCAUCCGCGUACGGGAUACCCGUUGCUGUAGUAUCAUGCUCCGAGUGUUCCGCUCCAUUAUUCCGGAUUUCCGGGCUGUGCAAGACAUGGAGAUCACGUCUGAAAGUCACGGCACUGGAAACAUGGACAACUCGCCUAUCCCGGCAGCUACUGCCUCGCUCAUUCGCGAGUAUAUUUCAAGUGACGUGCUGAGGGCAUGUGUCCAGUCCAUGAAUGAACACUACUUUGUUGAGUUACAGAAGGAGAUUGCCACCUUUAUUGGCGCGAUAAUCGCCAACUACUGCCCGUUGACGAACACGCCGAAGAGUAUUUUACAAUCCAUCCCCAACUUGAGGCAGGAAGAUAUCGACGAGGCAAUCGAGAAAAUCUGCAGCACUCAGAACUCCAAGCUCCAACGCAAUAGCGUUCUGCAAUUGUUUAGUGAGCUCAAGGGAGUAAGCAUUUCUGAGCUGGGAAGGCUGGGCACCAGUAUUGGCCCCCUGUCGUCGUCACGCAAGUCGCAUGGCAAGAAAGCCUCACGAAGUCAAAUGGCUCAGGAGUUCAUGACCCCAGCGGUUACGCGGGGGACGAACGGGCAGACCGAGGAGGGCCUAGAAGGCGUUGCUGGUCUUUUCGGCCAGCAAUAG